AUGUCUGCUGACCCCAUCCACCUCCUCGUCCUUGUCCAUGGCAUGUGGGGCAACCCCGGCCACCUUUCCGAGAUGCACCGCAUUAUCCGUGAACAUCGCUGCCAACCAUCCUCCGAGACGGGGCCCGCCGGGGAGCGCCUCGAGGUCCUUCUUGCCAAAACCAACAUCGAGGAGCACACAUAUGAUGGCAUCGACUGGGGAGGUGAACGUGUGGCCGAAGAAAUUGAUGAUGCCGUAAAGACGCUAGAAGAUGGAGGCAAGAAGGUAACCCGCUUCUCGAUCACCGGUUACAGUCUGGGAGGCUUGGUGGCGCGUUAUGUUGUUGGCAUUUUACACCAGCGAAAGUUCUUUGAGUCUGUUACUCCUGUCAACUUCAACACCAUCGCAACUCCGCACAUCGGGCUUCCCAGAUAUCGCACUGUACUUUCGUCUAUACUUGCUUACCUUGGUCCGAAGUUGCUCUCGAGAACGGGAGAGCAAUUCUUCACUACAGAUAAGUGGUCCGCACAAGGGCGUCCUCUCCUUGAAGUCAUGGCGGAUCCAGACCAAAUAUUCUACCAGGCAUUGGCCAUAUUUGCGCACGUCAGGAUAUAUGCUAACGCAGUCAACGACGUCACUGUCCCGUAUCCAACCGCAGCGAUAGAGACGGAAGACAUAUUCGUGGAUCAUGUUAGAAAUGGCAUCAAGUUCGAAUUAGACGAGCAAUACUCGCCUGUGAUUAAAUCCUAUACCCGUCGUGACACAGCGGUCAAACAUAAGUCAUCGUCUGCCCCGUUGCAUUACAGGAUCAUGAAGAAGUUGUCCUUCCCUUUGCCUCCUGCUCUUCAAUGCAAAUUCCCUUACAACGUUGUUAUUUAUGCCGCUAUACCUAUCGUCCUACCGGUGCUGCUGAUGCUCAUCAUCAGCCGACUAUCACUAGCCUCGCGCGCAUCUCGUGCCCGCGUCAAGCUGCUCGAGGAGGAUGAGAAGUCGAACACGAAGCGCCUUGUGCAUGCGCUCGCGAAGAUGGAGCUCGGCAUGGAGUCCGCGAUGGUCGAGCUGAUCGACGACUCCGGCACCCCCUCCACGACGACGUCGAAUCUCGCCAUCUCGAAUCCCGAGCUUGGGCUCGGUCCGCCAGCGCUCACGAAGGAGCAGACCACCGCGUCUGCGUCCACGCUGCACCCCGACGCGGUCCCGCCGACACCCGCGGAACAGCAGGUCGUGCUGACGGAGCUGCAGCUGCGGCUCGUCGCGUGGCUGAACACGCUGCCGAACCUGAAGAAGGAGCUCGUGUUCAUCCACCCCGUGCGUAACUCGCAUGCCGUCAUCAUCUCGCGCGAUGUAAAACGGUUCGAGUUCCACAAGCGCGGCGAGGGCGUGCUGCGCCACUGGGCGGACCACUUGACCAUCUGA